UUACAUUUGACUGAGUCACGUGUGGACGGUUCAAUUGAUUUUUAUCCUUAAAACUUAUAAACAGAAGAUUGAUUUUAGCAUAUAAUUAAUCGGUUUAUAAUAUCUUCUAUUUUUGUUGAUUAUUUUUUGUUAUAUAUAUUUUUUAAAUUGUUUACUGUUCGAAAAUUUGAAAAAGGAAUUCAAAGGACAUGAUGAUAACUGCAAAAUGAUUUCCCACUUGGAUGACACGGAUGACGAGAAUUGUGAUGACCCUAUUAAAUUGUUACCUAUUGGUAUUAACAACGCCGUCCACUUUGGCAAUCAGGUGCAAUUAAUUGGCUCUGGAGAUAUCAACUGGAAGUUUCCUACAGAUAAUUUAACACAUGGACUUAAUAAUGAAAUCACUCAAAGAUACAACGAAAGUAACAGUGAGUGUACUAUUUCUCCCAUGUUUAUUAAAUUAGUCGACUGUGUUAAAUUUCCGUGGUACUUUAGAAAAUACACUGCACGAUUAUUACAAAAAACUGGCCGAAAUCAGUUUGAAAAUGAAACUGAACAUGACAUUAUAGAUGUUGAACAUUGUGAUUCAGAUUCAAGUGACUGUUUUAUCGUUGAAGAUCUACAUCCAAAAUACAAGAGUGUAAGUGACAAAGAACUAGACAAACAUUUUAAAUUCGACAAAGAGCUGCAAACAGCAUUAAAGUAUCGAAAAUUAGUCCAAGUUGAUUUAAAGCGAAAUGUAGGACUUAUCGGUAUGAAAAUUUCCCAGAAAAAGUUUAAAACAAUAAAGCAAGAUGCAUGUGCAGUUAGAAAAAUCAAGAAAGAGGUGAAACAGGCGAUGCUUCAUAAAGAAGAUAUGCGUUCUUCUUGUCAAUUAGGAUAUAACGAAAAGCCUAGUAAUUCUUUGUCCGUGCCCGUACAUUUUAGCAAUAAUAAAAUACUUGAAUUUUUUAAUAAUUUCAAAGAAAAUAAGAUUAAGGAUCAUAAUAAUAAAGACCAAAAUGAACAUCCAAAGAUAUUUCCUGCGCAUGAAUUAAGUAAAAAAGUGCCUACAUCCACUGUAUUUAAGAAGUCUUCAAGUAAGUCUACCUGCGACGUAAAAGACAUAAAAAAAUGUAACAAAUACAAGAAUGAUCAAAUAAAGAUUAAGAACAAAGUUAGUAAUAAAAUUAUAAUAGGAAUGUUAGAGUCCAACCAGAUUUCACCGAACACUAGUAAAAUUACUGAAUUAGAGGAGAAUUGUGGUGAACAGAGUGGCAGUAAACAAAGUGAUAAUAAAAAGGAAGAACCCAAAUCUCCAAUACUAAAAUGCACUACCUCAAAGAAACUUAAGCCUAAACCUAAACCUGAAAUACCUUCUCUCGUCAAACGCAAAAAUGUAAAUACAAAACCACAGCAAAAAUUAGAUAAAAUAGUUAACAAGCUAAAAAUGUUAAAUAAAAUUCCUCCCAAUGUAGGUUCUGCAGUUUCAAAACCUUGGGAACUUCCUACAAAAAGUUCUUCAACGAAAGAGACCAAAGACAAAGUAGGAUCUCCAAAUAGUGUCAUCAGCGAAAAACUUUUACACAAAUUAGACAAAUCUAUGAAAUAUUAUAAUGAUCACAAUAAGAAUGCAUUUAGACCUGGUAAAUUAAAUAAACCUCAAUGUAUGCAACCAAAUGCAAAUGAUAUUGAAGCUUCGAUUCCUUCAAAUAUAGUUCUUACUGCAAAACCAAUUACAGAAUUAAAUAAUCAUAAGAUUAUAACUCCUAACACUGAUUCCAAUAAGACAAAACAUGUAACAACAAUAGAUAAUGCUCAAUUGUUAAAUCAAAGCAAAUAUUCGAUGACUUCUAAGAUAAAUUCAAACCGUAAUUUAAAUCUAGAAGUUACAAAACAAAAUACUAACAUAGUUAGUAAUUCUGACGUGUUUUCUUCAGCCAUGGUCGAAACUUCAAGUAAAACAAAUUCGUCCAUAUCAGAAAAUCACUAUCCUACUACAAAUGAUUGUCUCAAACCUCAGUAUAUUGUUCAUUCUUUGUCAAAGAAAGUGUAUCACAAAAAUAAUUCUAAUAACAAUAUUCAGAAUCAUAAUGCAUCAAUUAAAAUUUUAAAAAGUAUUUGUGACAUGCCAGUCGGCAGUAAACCAGAGCAUCUUGUUCAUUCCACAGGUGCACAAAUGCCUAGAAUAUUUCAAAAUCCGCAACCGCAGUGUCAGGACUCUCGCGUUCCUAAUAUUUACAACUCUACUACGUUGGAUAACCAACGAAAUAAUUUUCCAAAUUCAUUUAAUCAAUGCCAACCAAUCAGUCUAAGCCAGUGCCGUCUUUCCAAUAAAACUUAUCAACAGGCCAAUCCAGUUUCAAGCUUUUAUAUAAAUCGAACGUUGCUUCCAUUACCUCCCCCUCCACCACCAAUGUACGUUCCACCGCCUACGUAUGUUCCACCGCCUUAUAUCUAUCAAACAAAACAGUCUUAUUCCAAUUCAUCUUUUAGUACCCCAAUAGUACAGCCGAAUCAACCACCUAGUUCUGACUCUCAAGAUUGUGUGCGUUCUCUGCAGCCUAGUAAUAACAAUAACGGUUCUAUAAUAGGCGUAAAUAACGAAGGUCUAGUGAAAAAAAUUAAUAUUGCCGGUGGACCCAAAUCAAGCAACGCUGAUCCCCAUGAAUUGAUAAAAAAUAAAAAUGUAGUUUCUAAAAUAUCUCCAGCUGUACACACAAAUAAUAUACAGAAAUUAGAAAAAAUGUUAAUACCAGGUGAAGAUAUGAGUAGCAAAGUAGGUGAUGACAGAGUGAUUAAUGGUACUAAUGUUGAAAAAUCAAUGGAAGUGGCAAUAAUGUCAAAAAACCGGGGAGCAUCUGAAGGUCUGAAACUAUCAAUGGAUAAUAUUAACAUGCAAACCAAGCAGUAUAAAGGAUAUUCGCCACCAAUUUUGCCAAUACCGACAUAUCAUAAAGUUUUGAAUCAAGUGAGUCCUAAGGUAACAACUGCGUCUACAGAGUUGACAAAAAGAAAUCGUAUUUCAAAAGUCCCAAUGAAAAAGACCGAUUGCGCUAAAAGUAAUAAAAGAAAAAGUGGUGCAUUAAACAUAGCUGACAAUAGAAGACAGGCUGCAGCGAAGAAGAUUUCUUUAGAGGAAUAUAACAAAAGGACAUUAAAAGACAGUAAAUCUGUGCCCCCUAAAAGAGCAGUUAGCUCUGAUCAAAAUAAACAUAAGAGAAAGCGACCAAAGGUAGAUAUUAAGAAUAAUAGGGAUCAUAACACUGAAACGGAUUUGGGGUAUGAUUCAGAUAGUACGGUAAUAUUAUGAUGUAUCUCUUAAGGGCUACGCACAGAAUCAGUUAUGGACGGUUUAUGUAUUAGAAUUUCAAUGUAAUAUGCUUUGAACUUAAGUAACGUACCUGUGUCGUUUGUUUCUACAAUUUUUGAUGACAUUUUCAUUUAAGAAAAUAAAACAUAUUUUGACUGCAACAUAUUAUUACAAGUUAAGAUACGUAAAAAUGUGUUGAAAUUAGUUGUUUGUCUGAUGAUAGUCCUUAGGAAAUAUGCGAGCAGGUUAAAUACCAAAUAUAUUUGCUGGCAUUUUAUUUGUAACUUAUGUUAAUGUUUUGUUUUUUAUUGGGAUUUGUAUAAAACGAAUGUUGUUUUUCUGUACUAAAUUUGUUACCAAGUGAUUAAGAAUGCAGUUAUUUCAAUAGAGAUAAUUAUUGAAAUGUGUUAAGUUGCAUGUUAUUUGUAGAAUGUGGAAUUUCAUUAAUUUUGAACCGAUUUUUCGGUUGUUAGUUAGAGUUAGAAUUAACAUUGUUUUUGUUAACUGUUCAGUUUGUAAGA